CAGAACAGGAAACAGCGGACGGUGGCGUUAAGUAGCUCGUGUGACUAAUGCUCGUCAUAUGACUAGGCCACAAAUGGAGUCGUUUACAACGAAUUGAACGUGUAUCAGAAAUUAAUUAGAAAACGAGGAUUUUAAAGUGAAAUAACAGGCCCAAUAUGCCACCUACGCUGUUUCACAAGCUUUUCAAUAAAAGAAAUGCUUUUACGCCGCCGUCGAAGUGCGACAAGGACGAAUCCGCGUUCAGCAGCUGGCCAUCCCCAGAGCUGGAGCCCAGCCAGAUCCGCCUUAUUGUCUACCAAGACUGCGAGAGACGAGGCCGACAUAUCCUCUUCGACUCCGACACUAAGAAGAGAGGCAUGGAGGAAGCCUCAGUCAUGAAAACAUGUAGUGAGUCUCAAGCUAAAAUGUUCAGAAAGUGUUGUCCACUGAGGCCAACAGGUGGAAGCUCCAGCUCUCUGGACAGCAGUUCUUCCUGUGCCUCUGAGCCCAUGGACCAAAGUCGUUUCCAGGGUGCUUCACGCUGCUCAUCGGACCCAAAUAUGCUGGGCGAGAUGAUGUUUGGCUCAGUGGCGAUGAGCUACAAAGGGUCUACUCUGAAAAUCCAUCAGAUUCGAUCCCCCCCACAGCUGAUGCUUAGCAAAGUGUUUACAGCACGGACGGGCAGCAGUGUGUAUGGUAGCCUAAACACGCUGCAAGACAGUUUGGAGUUCAUCAAUCAAGACUCAAGGGCUCUCAGGCCAGAUCAGAACACUGUGGAGCAUUUACACAAGAAACGUGGUAUUCAUGGAAAUCCAGGAUUUUCUCAGCUGUGCAGCCCUCGUCGGGCCUUCUCUGAGCAGGGCCCUCUCCGACUCAUCAAGAGUGCCUCUUUCUUUUCAGGUCACAGUAACCCUAUGGACAUGCCUGCCCGAGGACUGUACGAUGAGAGAGAGAGUGGCAUUGCAAGAUCAGCAUCUCUGAGUAGUCUGCUGAUCACACCAUUCUCAUCACCCGGCUCUUCUCUCACCAGUAGCUGCGCCAGUAGCUACCAACGCCGCUGGUUACGUAGUCAGACCACCAGCUUGGAAAAUGGAGUCUUCCCCCGAUGGUCUGUGGAGGAGAGCUUUAACAUGUCAGAUGAGGGUGGUGUCUCAAACCUAGGUGUAGCAAGGAAGAAGAAGAUAGCCAUUGGAGUCAUCUUCCUCCUGUCACCCAACGAAGAUGAGAACAGCAAGUUCCAGGAGUUUUUCUUCUCCCACUUCCCCCUCUUUGAGAGCCACAUGAACAAACUGAAAAGUUCAAUUGAACAGGCAAUGAAGAUGACCCGACGGUCAACUGAUGUUAAUCAGAGAAUCCUGGCUCACAACCGCAUGAUGGACAGCCUCAAUGAGUUCAGGAUGACUGUCUGUAAUCUGUAUACCAUGCCACGAAUGCCUGAGCCUGUCUGGCUCUCCAUGAUGUCCGGUGCACUUGAGAAGAACCAGCUUUGUGGCCACUUCAUGCGUGAGCUUUCUUUACUCAUGGAACAAGCCUCAAAGAACCAGUUUGUUCCAGCUCUUCUUACAGCUGUGCUCACUAACCACCUGGCUUGGGUGCCUACCGUCAUGCCCAACGGCCAGCCACCCAUCAAGAUCUUUCUGGAAAAACAUUCCUCUAAAAGUGUGCACAUGCUGGCCAAGACGCAUCCCUACAACCCCCUAUGGGCUCAGCUUGGCGACCUGUAUGGUGCAAUUGGCUCGCCAGUGCGUCUCUCGCGCACAGUGCUGGUUGGGCGGCAAAAGGAACUGGUUCAGCGGCUCCUCUAUGUGCUCACAUAUUUCAUCCGAUGCUCAGAGCUAUUAGAGACAUAUGCUCUCGAGACUGGAAAUGACGAGCAGGACGAGGAGGCUUUUGCUGUGCCUGGAUCAGUUAUUACAACCUCGCUGCGCCGUGGAGAGGUUGAGGAGUCAGAAUAUGUUUUGGUCACUGUGCACAAGCCUAGCCCAGAGGGCAUUGAAACAGGCAUGAAGGAAGAGCAGCAAACAGAGCACAUUAUGCCUGUCAUCGCUGCCCUGGAGCAGAGUGACAGUCAGAUCUGCCAGGAGGUUGGCAGCCCAUUAGUUAGCCCUUUAACAGAGACAGUGGUGAAGGUGGGCACUGCCUCACUGGUUACCAAUUCCCCUCUUCUAGAUGUCCAAGGACAAUCGGAUGUGUGUGACUCUGAUGUGGCGCCCAGCUCGUUGCCUGUAAAGAUUGUUUGGUCUUCAGGGAUCCCACUGGAAAAGAAGCCACCUGAUAAAAGCACAACACUGGCCUCUUUCCUCCUGGAUGAGGAAGAAGAGGAGCCUGGGACUAGAGUGACCUUCCUUAUUGGUGAGUCCAUGUCGCCCGAGUCGGACACAGAGAGCCAGAGGCACAAGGUUGAAGACGAGCUCAAGAAACACAAAAUGCAUUUCACUGAAAAACCAAAGCAACAGUGUUGCCAUGUAAAGCAGCAGUGUAGCACUGUGCUGCCUAAGCCUCUAAUAACGGACCAAAUCGAGAGCAAGGAUGCUAAAACCUUGUCAUACAUCACUAGCAGCCUUCCUUGCAUUAACGCAGGGGCCCAAGAGGAGUGCAUGGACCUGUUAGAUGAGUAUUUCAGUGAUGGUAACUCUGUGGAAACAAGGACUAUCAGUGAUGUCUCCAAAGCAGCUUCACAGGAGGUUGCUGAAAAACAAAAUCUGCAAGAGACUUGGAUGGAAUCCCUAGUGAGGAAAUAUGAACAGGACUGUCAGCACAGGGAGCAGGCAAUGUGUAAAUGUAGCACACAGCCCAUCAACACAGGCUGCUGUGUGAAAUGUUGUUCUGUUGAGCAGGACAAAAGCAUCAGAGUGUCACUCAUUGUGCCAGGCCAAGAGAAAGAGAGGGAGCAGAAGAAGACAUCCCCCCUGAAUGAGUGGGAGAUUCCACGAAAUGAGAGUUCAGACAGCGCACUGGGAGACAGUGAAAGCGAGGACGCAGGACAAGAAAUAACCAGACAAGAGCAAGAUACACAAUCAAUCACAAUCUUCAGUGAAACCCAAACUGAUUGGCAAGAAGAGAUAGAAGUACCAUUCCCUAGGGCAAAGCUGGCAGAAAAUUACUCCAAAUCGAGCAUUGCUAACUUUGGGAGAUCACUGUUUGGCAGUUACUGUCCUACUUAUGUACCGGACUUUGUUCUACAUGGAAUUCCCAAUGACAACAAACUGAGGCAAAGCCUAAUGUCCGACUUGGCCCAUGCAGUCCAGCAUCCUGUAUUGGAUGAGCCUGUGGCUGAGGCUGUCUGCAUUAUUGCAGAUACAGACAGGUGGACAGUGCAGGUGGCCAGUAGCCAGAGACCCAGCACAGAGAAUAAGCUUGGAAAAGAUGUGCUGGUAUCAAACCUUGUGUCCAACCUGCUACACUCCACUUACCAGCUCUACCGUCUCAACCUGUCUCCCAACUUUUGCAUAAUGCAUCUAGAGGACCGACUCCAGGAGCUCUAUUUCAAGAGCAAAAUGCUUGCAGAAUACCUGAAAGGACAGACCAGGGUGCAUGUCAAAGAGCUAGGCAUGGUUCUAGGAAUCGAGUCCAGUGACCUGCCCUUGUUGGCAGCAAUUGCAAGCACACACUCACCGUAUGUGGCCCAGAUCCUGCUGUAGAGGAGAUGGAGAUAUCUGGACACAUCCCCAUUCCCCCAUGGCAGGGGCAAUUUAGGUUCUUUUGGGGCACCUUUUAGUCUGUUUGCUGAAUCUGAAUCGGAGUGAAAUUGGUACUUUGGGUUCGUUUGCUGUUUGGUGUAGUUUGGUUUGGUUUCACACUGCACAUAAACAAAAAAACUGGCUAAGGAGUGUGUAGGGCUGAAAACGUACUUGUAAAACUUUAAUUAAUUGAAAUAAGAAAUAUGAGAAAUAGGAGAAUGGGGGGAAAAAGGUGAACAAACCUUUGCCAAGUGCAUGGAGAAAUCGCAAAUAGCCAGUGCUAAAUAAAUGAUUAGAUAAUUGUAUUAAUAACUACUUUAAAACAUUUUGUGUAUGGCAUCCAGCAUUUUUUUUUUUUGCUGCAUCUUCUUUGUAUAGCAUCUUUUGUCUAUCAGUCCAAAUAUCCAGAACAUAUCGCAUUUCUGCAGUGCUACAUCUCUGUCCUCUGGCUCAGUUUGCAUCUCAUGGGUGAGUUCAUACAGUCUCAGACUGUUUGUUGGGGUCUGAAAACCUGAUUGCGAUUGCUGUGUGCUCACCUGCCUAAAGAACCACAUUGAGAAAGACACCCGGGUUUGAUACAAACAGAUGGAAGCACCCCUAAAAGCCUUUGAGGAAUCAGAGUUCAGCCAGUAAAUUCCAGUAAAUGACCGGAAAUAUCAGAUUUCAUUACAUUUCAAAGACAAUAGUUGAUUUUUAUAUAUAGAUUAUCCUUUUGCCUUUCCCCUGGAGUAACAAUAAAAGCAAAAAAAAAAAAAAAAGAAUACCAUAGAUAACAAGGUGAUUUACAAAAGAGCAUUACUAGGUAUCUAAGACAUUGGCAUGUAGAUAUUAAAAUAAUUUUAUUUUGAUUUAUGUUCAUUUUUGAUUUAAAAUGCUCAAUAAUCUGAAAAUAUUCUAUUUGUUUACCAUAUUAAUCACCGUCUCGGUGUUAGUCAGCAAAAGAGGUGGAGAAACUCAUUGGUACAGCACUACCUCAAAUAAUUGCGGGUGAUUUGCACAGAGCAUUUUUACUGGCUGAAUGAAGUUGUUUUCUGCUUCCAUUCAGGUAGAAAAGAUUAAAAAAAAAUAUAUGCUGUGAUGUGUUACAAAGGGAUUUGUAUACAACAUUUGUGUUUGAAAGUGAAGUGCUGGGAUGUUAUACAAUGAACUUUCUUCAGCUUUGCAGCCACUGUACUAUGUUUACUUCUGAAGAAAUGGAAUAGCAAAUACACAAUUUGGCCAAAAGUUUGUGGACACCUGACCAUCACACCCAUAUGUGCUUUUUGAACAUCUCUUUCCAGAUUUAGUACCCCUUUUGCUGUUAUAAUAACCUUCACUCUUCUGGGAAGGCUUUCUGCUAGAUUGUGAAAUGUGGCUGUGGGGAUUUGCCUAUUCAGCAACAAGAGCAUUAGUGAGGUCAGGUACUGAUGUUGGGUGAGGAAGCCUGGCAUGCAGUCUGCAAACUGUGUCUUCAUGGAUCUCACUUUGAGUACAGGGGCAUUGUCAUGCUGCAACAUGUUUUGGCUCAACCCCUUAGUUCAAGUGAAGGGAAAUUGUAAUGCUACAGGAUCCAAAGACAUUCUGCACAAUUGUGUGCUUUGUGGCAACAGUUUGGGGAAGGCCCACAUAUGGCUGUGAUGGUCAUGAGUCCACAAACCUUUGAUCAUAUAGUGUAUAUGUCUGUUGAUCAUGCUGUGCUUGGACAGCCCGAAAAGACCCACAAAAGGGUGAUAUAAAUAACCUUAUAAAAGGAAUUUUAUACAACGGUAUUGAACAUGUUAGUUUUUUACUCAUUUUAACAGAUUUUUUUGUUCUGAAAUAAGGCCAUGUGUCUGAGUCUUAACAUGGAGGGGAAAAAAAAAAAAACAUAACAGGCUUUGCCUAGGUUAUUUUAUUUUACAUGUUAAAUAGUUAGUGAGAUGCAUUUAUCAUUUGUCUUGAAUGUGUAUUUAUAUCUAAUUCUUUCUAUAUGAUCACAUUUAAAUUAUUUAGCACAGCAUGUCUUGGUUCACAUAAAUUGUAUAUAUUGCUUAGGUUUCUGUCAUCCAUUUGUACAUACCUUUUGUUAUGGCCUUUCUUCAUGUUAUUCUUUCCCAAUUUUAUGGGAAUAUUGUGCAAUAAAAUUCAAGGUUAAAUA